AUGAAAUCAAUUGCAACAUUAUUCAUUACCAUCGCAAUAGCCUCAUGUGUGUAUACACCUGCUGAACGUCAAUUCAAUUAAGAAGCCCUGACUGGAGCCUAUGCUUUUAAUAAAUUGUCUGAGCCAUAACAUAUUUCAAAUUGUGGAGAUGAUGCUACUUAGAUUGAUCUUUUUAAUUUUGUUGGCUAUAUGCUCCAAAAGGCUGACAAAGCAAGUGUGUCUUAAUUAUUGGGAUUAAAGAAGGAAGUGGAUGACUACUUUAAUGGACUUCCCGAAGAAUACACAAAUUGUUUGUAUGCUGAGCCAGAAUUUUUGGAGAUUUGCACUAUAUAUGGAUUGAAGGAGACAGACAAGAUGGAAUAGAUUACCGAUAAAAUUUAUCAAUAUGCGAUGGGACACUUCAUUGCCACUAAGAAGGAGAUUCAUUAGGGUAAUCUAUAUUGGAACACUUAUCACGAAUACAAUGAUGCCGGCUAUCUAAUUGCCAGUUUUACCAAGAAGGCCUUAGUAACAGGAGUCGAAUAUGUUGAAUGA